AUGGCACUCAACACCGGCACCGGCAUCGGCGCUGCCGCCGCCACCCACUCGUGGUUCGCAGUAAUCGUAAGUCUCAUAGUGAUAUGGCAACCAAAACGAUGGCGAGGCAAAGGCAAAGAUUUUUGCGGCCUGUAUGCAGAUGCAGAUGCGGGUGCAGGUAACGGUACCGGUGCCGGGGUACAAUGCUUAUGCAGCUUGAUGCGGCAAGUGCAUGCACCGGUGCCGCGAACCUGCUGCACCGACGCACCGACGCACCGACGCACCGAAGGUGCAAGGCCAAGCGAGCUGUUCGACCUUGGCAACAACGUCCGCUGGCCGAGCUUGGAGUCAAGUCAAAGUAGUGGAAUAGGAGAUGCAAACCCUUUCCCAAAGCCACCCAGCCGAUGUUGUGGGUUCGAAGCAUUCGAGUGGCGCCGCGAAGCGAACGAUUUGCCCGAAGAGCCAGCAGCGCUCCGAUCGUUCCUCACGUCUUUUUUCAACGCUAAGGCAGAUCUCGUGGGAGAUUUGCACACGCUUUUUGGAAAGCAGGCGCACCGAAGGCACAUACAUCCCUCCUGUACGUGAAUUCGGACGAGAGCAUCGAAGAUCGUGAUCGACGGUAGGAGGCGCUCAGAUAUCUUUCUGAUGCGUUGUACGCGCAGCAUGUCAAUCGAACGCUUGCUUUGCUCUCGGCGUGCAAAUCGGCGCCCUACGAACAGCAAGUUUCGCCUUGA